UGUUCUGCUGAACAUGAAGAAACUUGUUUACAGAGGAGCAAGAGAGCUACCUGUGUGCAUUCUGUACAUGACAGCUGUUUAUCUGGUAGUGAAAAUAAAGAAAAUUCUUCUUGCACACCAAACCAAAAAAAGAUCUUAUGUUCACAGGGGCAUGGGACUCUGGUCCAGCAAAUCCCAGUGAUAUAAGAAGGAUACGUGAAAGGAAAAUAAAACCAUUGAGAGAGCUACAUGAAAAUGCUUUCAAAAGUAUAAAUAAGAGAGAGGUGAUAUGGAAUGGGAGCUGCCCUGAAGAAAGCUACAAUGCUUCUGCUGAUCUCUUUGAUGUGAAUGCAGGUGAGGGAGCAAAAGCUGCAGAAUCCUUAAAUAAGUCGUGUAACUCUUUGAUACAGGAAGAUCCUUCAUCAGAAAAGGUCACAACUCCCAAAUUGGUGCUUUUUCCUGGAGAUGUUUCCUGUAACAGUUCAAAACAGACAUCCUCCCUACAUAGAACCCCUCUUGCUUUUCGUAAGCACAGUACCCCAGUAACGUGCUCCUUUUAUGAUUCAGACUGCAAUGCAUUUAGUGCUCAAGACUUUGUUCCUUAUUCAGAGUCAACUCCUGUGGCAAAACCUCUUCAAAAACUGUGGCCUGCUGGGGAGCACAGCCCUUCUGUCACUGUAUUCACCCCUGAAAAUCCCACUAAAAUCCAUUCCAAACGCAAGCGAUCUAGAUCUUCCUUUCAGAACACUCUGUUACAGCAGCUUACUGGCAGGCUAGUGAAACGUGAAAGACUGAGCAGCAGUGAAGACGUAGAAGGUAGGAGCUCUGUUCCACAGCAGUUCUGUAACAGCCAGUCACCUGCCAAUUUUGAGGAGUGCAUCCCUCCAUCUCAAAAGAGAUUUAAACCAACUGCAUCUUUAAGCAUAAAACCAGUUAGCUGGGACUCACAAUUGACCUCUGAGCAUGCUGACAGGAACCCUAUUUCUGGAAGUAAAGAGAACAGUGAAAAAGACGUGUGCUUCAGGAGUGAGAGAUUCAACUCUGUGAGUGCAGCCACGGUUCUAACAACUCCUGUGUCUGCAGGUAUUGCCAAGGCUUUGUUUUUAAAUGACACAGUCCUGGAAAGCUGUUCUUCUUCAGAAGGAAAGAAUCUCAGCUCAUGUGCAAAUUAUUCAAGGGUUUCAAUGGAAGGGGCAACAGGCUGGUCUCCUGAGUUGUUCUUCCAAGCACAGAGCCCUAUUUUCCAUAAGUCAAAACAGUAAAAUUGGAUAUUCUAUGCUGUGUUAUUGUGUUUUGGGAAGACUCAGUUGGAUGAAAGAACUAUUUAAAAACAAUUGUAUCAUUUAUAUGCUUCUUGGCACAUGUCUUCCUAAGAUUAAUUAUAUUUAUUUGCAGAGCUUUGCACCAAGUAGAUGAGGAAAAGAGAAUUCUGCAAUUACUUUAUUUUGUUGUAAAUUAACUCUGAACAAUGCAAUAAAGAUAUGUAAAUGUGUGAGCAUUUAUAAAUGUGUCUCAUUUUUUUCAAAUUCAAGUGUAGGUGAGGUGUUUUUCGGCAUCCACUCUUCCUCAAAAGAGUGAGGAAAUGUAGCCUGUCUGGAAAUGGCAAAUGAAUUUAUAUUUUAUGCAGAAGAAAUAAAGGGCAAGAAAGCAUUACUCCUAUCACUCAGCACAGGGAAGGCACCACUGAAAGAGUUUUUAAGAGAUUGGUAUCCUAAGCAAUAAACUAUAUGCUUAAAACUACAGCCUCCUGCAUGAUAUGAGCAUAUGAUAUAUCUCUGGCUCUUUAAAUGCUUGCUUGUGAUGAACUGGACAAACACCCACUUUACCACGGGGGUUUGAUCUUAGUGGAGUGAUAUGCCGGAUCUGAUGCAUCUAGCACUAAACCACUGCCAGAACUUCUGCUUUGUGUACUGACAGUGCCUUGGCAUGAAAUGUUUCACCCAGCAUGACUUUGUUUCUUCAGUGGUAAAUAUAUCUCCAUAUUACAGUAAGCAGUAGCUUUGGUACAAGCUGAUAUGAUUUAAUUUGGGGGGGUGGGGGAGAAGUGAAAUAAAGCAUGUUUAACUCUGAAGGCAAUAAAACUGAAAAAAUACCCACCAAGUCCACAGUUGAUUCCCUAAGAUUAGAAAGCCAUAAAUCAAGACUAGAUUUUCAGAUAGAACUGUCUCUAAGAUACCACUGAAAUGAAUGCAGAGCUGUCAGAGCCUUCUGUUUUAUGCAGGAGGGCUGCACACCAGUGAAGCCAAAAAGUCCCACUGUGUGUCAGACCCUGGGCAGAAGUGCUCUGGAGGAAGGAUCUAUACGCAUGAAGAUAGAGCAUUUUUUCCCCUGUGCAGGUUGUUCUCUUGUUGGAAGCCUUUGUAUUCUUCCUGCGUUUCCAGUUCCUACCUAGAGGCUUGCAGCAACUUUUCUCUCUCCAAAUACCUUUUCCUGUUUUAUUGCUUCCUUGCGAAACACGGAGCAGAUGGCCCAGCACUCGUGCUGGCCAUUUACUAAGGAAAGACCUUCAAAGUCAGUGGAAGAGGCAAUAAAAGACACGUGGUGGCUUCAAGCUUCACAGCUCAUUUCUCAGUGCAAGUGUGAGCAGAAGGGAGACAUCUGAUCCUCAGAAGGAGUCUGAGUACAAACCUUGUAUGUUGACCAAAAGGCUGAAGGUUUAAAGUGGAAGGUGUGCUCAGUGGGGGUUCUCUCCACCCAAGAAAGGCCAAUUAUGAGGGAAGGCCAGCUGUGGGCAUGAAAAGAGCAAGGUGAGGGCUGAAGAACUAGCAUUAUAAACCAACCAAAACACUAGGACAAAGAACAUAAGCCAGCUCAAACGUGGCCUCCAUCCAUGCAAACCCAGGAGUUGGACCAGCAGCCCGUUUGCAAUGACUCCAGGUAUGGACGCUCCCUCUGCCGAACACCACCCU